AUGCCUUUUUGCCUCCCAAACGCAUUGAUGAUUUUUCUUUCCUUUCCUGCUUUUCCUUCUCCGUCCCUUUUAUCCUUCUUCAUCGGUACAGAUUUAACCACCAGAUAGCCUUAGUCCUUUCCUUGGGUAUCGUCAUUAUUAUAUCUGUUAUACGCAGCAGCAAAAUCUGGGCUCAUAAAGAUAUACUCCCUACUGGGUUCUUAUCAUAUAGCCCCACAAAUUUAUGCAUAUUGAAGAAAACAGUUUUUCAUUUGUCGUCAUUGAUAAAAGAUUAUAGAGGGGAGCUCAGGAGGAAAAGGUUGUUUGAAAAUUAAAUUGAAGGGUUGCUCAAUAAGUCGGACUACUGGCACAGAGGAAUAGUACUGGGAGAAGAUGGCAAAUUUGUACGUGAAAGCUGUGCCCCCGACGGAUCUGAACAGGAAUACGGAGUGGUUCACGUAUCCAGGGGUGUGGACCACUUAUAUAUUGAUCCUAUUCUUCUCUUGGUUGAUGGUUCUCUCCGUCUUCGGCUGUUCUCCCGGCAUCGCCUGGUCUGUUGUCCACCUUUCCCAUUCCCUCAUUACAUAUCACUGCUUUCAUUGGAAGAAAGGAACACCAUUUUCUGAUGAUCAGGGUAUCUACAACAGGUUGACGUGGUGGGAGCAAAUAGACAGUGGCAAGCAACUGACUCGCAAUAGGAAAUUCCUAACUGUUGUUCCCGUUGUAUUGUACUUAAUAGCUUCGCACACCACAGAUUACCAACAUCCAAUGCUCUUAUUCAACACGGUGGCAGUUUUCGUUCUGGUUGUUGCCAAGUUCCCCCAUAUGCACAAGGUUCGCAUUUUUGGGAUCAAUGCUGAUCAGUGACGAUGAAAGAAUGCCGUGCAAGUUCUUUUUUCAGUCGCAACGUUCUUGAUUUUCGCAUUCAUUUAGCAGUAGUAUAUGUAUAAUGAACUUGUACAGCUCAAGUACGGGCAAUGCUAUCAUACUUGGUGAAAGUUGGGACUUCUUCCUGGGGGAUAUUUGAUAGUAGUGUUUUGAUAUUGAUUUUUUUAACAAGCCAACUUGCUGAAAUUUUUUCAGCUAUGAUAGUCUUUUCUGUAUCCUUUUGUUAGAGGGGAGAUAUAUAAAUUCAAUUCUGAGAGAGAGCUGAAUGGUUAAAGGGUUUUUUUAUUUAUGCAGAGGGCGUCUGAAGUAAUUGGAUGGAGGUUGUUCGCAAAGAUUCACUUCUUCCUCUGCUGUUGAAUUGAAAGAUUAGUUUAGAUUUAUCUUUUCUUCUUCUGUGUCUUCUUUCGCUGAUGAUACUUGGUAGACAUGACAGGUGGUCAGAAGGAGUGGUUGUGCGGUUGUCAACUUGGCUGGCCCUUGUCGUCAGAUUAUAUUAACUCCCGUGUACUGUACGCUCGUCACUUGUGAAUUUUAAGGUGCAUUUUGCUUUGGCAA